CCCAUCCCCGCGGAGCUCUGACCUAGUCCCCCUCAGAUCAAUUUCGAUCUCCACUUUGAUCGUUUAAUCCUCUGAUUUUCCUCCCCCCCGUGAUGCGCCUCUUUUUUCUACCUACGCAUCUCCUGUGAGCUUGGAAUUUACUCGUUUCCUACCAUAAAUUUGAACUGGCAUGUCGCACAGUGGCUGACCGACGGACAAUCUGUGAAUUAAGCUUCCACUGCAUGUGCUGAUCAGGGGGGAAAGCUUUCGAGGCGGUACAACUACCCUGACAGUUUGAUCUGGUAUGCAUUUGCUUCGGAGCUGUGAAGGUUACAUAUGAAUCUUUUUCAAGCUGCGAAUGGGCAAAACAUUACGCUUCCUUCUCGCCUAUACAGAGGUCGCUUGGAGUGCUAGGCGUCAAGAUGCAUCAGCAACUAUACCUGGACACCCAGGUUGUUCAAAACCGGAACGAAAGAUACUCCUUUAUCGAAACUCCUCUGGAAAUGCAUGCUGGAAGUCAGCUUCCGGGGCCUUCAAUUCCACCUUUACCCGUGGACUCUGGUCUAGAUGUGCAGCCUCAGCAUGCGAUCAAUCAACCUCCGGUCUCGCCACCACUAGUACCAACGCACCCGUACCAGCACCAGCACCAGCAACAGCAGGAAGAACGAAUCCAAGCAGAUCGAUAUAUAUCAAAUGAGAAAGAGCAACAUCUUCAAGAGCAGGGCAUUAUUCCUACAUACUCCCAGUACCCUCCACCAGAACAUCAUCCGGCUUUCCAGGCUCCAUUCACAACUCCCCCAGGGCCGCAACAGUCUGUUCCAAUACCGCAAUAUGCCUAUACCAACCCCCCAAGCUCCCCGGGGCCAUUGCCGCUUAAAGUUCGCGAAGCACCCCAACGAAGCGAUACACUCUCAAUAGAACCCGAUACAAAUCCAUUGCAAUCACCCAAAAACACCUACUUCCCUCCACCCGCGACGCCUGCCUUGAACUCAUCGCAAGCCCCUCCCGUGGGCGACCUGAGCGCGUUUCAUCAGCCCGGACAAAUAAUGCAUCCGAAUCAGGAGGUACAAGGUGGAACGUGGACUCAUGGUUUAUGCGAUUGUUCGAAUAUCGGAACCUGCUGUGUGGGGAUUAUCUGUCCUUGUAUCUUGUAUGGAAAGACUCAGCAUCGUCUGACCAUGAAGUCCCGGAAAGAGGACCCGACUAAUAUGCUGGGAUAUGACACAUGCAAUGGGUCAUGUACUGCGAUGGCUUUGUUUUGCGGAUGUCAAUGGCUUCUGGCUACCAUCCAGCACACGAGGACGAGAAAAACGUAUGGAAUUGAAGGAGAUGUUUGUUCAGAUUGUGUUCGAGCAACGUGUUGCACGUGCUGCACUUUAAUUCAAGAUGAGAAGGAAUUUCAGCAACGAGAGGAGCGAAGGGGGAGAGCAGCCAGAGAGCGAGGCACGACUCUACUUUCGCCGUAUACAGCCCCCGGACCAAUGACUUACGGCCUUCCACCAAAAUGAAUGGGUGCAAUCACUUGAAUAUCUUUUCCCUUGCUGAAUACCCUAUGCAAAGUCUUGACUUUUUCCUUUACUCGUCAUGAUACGUUCCUCGCCAAUAUACUCACUGAAUUAUUUGCUGAGCGUCACCUGGCUAGCACAACCUGAGCAUAUGAGAGCCUAGCCACUGUAGCUAUCCUAAUAAUAAGCAACUUUCAUGUGACGGACGCUUGCUUCGGAA